CACUUCCGACUCAUGCACUCGUUGCGAAUCAUUCCGCCGGGGGCGCGCUGACUGAGCUAACAGCUAAUCAGCUAACGGAGCAGGGAGAAAGGGAGCCCGGACGAUUCACAACACACAGUGAACUAGAGUAAUCUGCAAAAAACAAAAACAAAAAACCUGCUAUAAUCUGACCACAAACGGCAAAGGAACUCUUAUCCCAGAUGAACAUGUUCAGUGUCCUAUAAUAGAAAUAAUAAUCAAAACACCACUAUACAAUCCAAGGCGUCUGUGCUUUCACUCUCAGCAAAAUGGAAACGGAAGCUGAGGUAAUCCCUAUUUGGCAAAAUAAACCACAUGGAUCAACUCGUAGUGUGGUGAGACGAAUCGGCUCGACACUGCCUCUUAAACCCUGUCCCAGGGCUUGUUUCCAGGAACUCCCAGGGCUUCCGCCAAUGCGUUCUAUGGAUGGUCCUUUGGUGCCUACAUUGGCAGAUAUUGCCUGGAUUGCAGAUGAUGAGCAGGAGACAUAUGCCAGAGUCAGGAGUGACACACGUCCCCUGAGGCAUGAGUGGAGGCCAACGCCGCUGCUGGUUAUGCACAGGAACUCGUCUGUGCCAAACUUCAGACGAGAAGGCAGGCGAGUCGAAGGUCUGAGGAAACCAGGUGUAACCGCUUUAAACCGCACUACAGCUUUACAAGAUGAGCUGAGUCGACUCCGAGCCCAAAUCGCCAAGAUUGUCGCUGCAGAAUCAGAUUCGAAUCCCAUUACCCCUGACCUGCUGUCUCCUGACGACACUAGUGUGGGCUUCUCCAUGGCUCAUUUUGAGACAGCUGCUUACCAGCCGGCCCCCACAGCCUCCUUUGUCAUCAGUGAUGUCACAGAGGAGGAAGAAGUGGAAGAGGACGAGGAGGAGGAGGAGGAGGUGUCAGAGCUAGUGCCUGAUCCUAUGCCACCAGUUUCCAUGACUGCAUCUGCAACUUUUGAUCUCGAUCGGCCUACUAUGGACUUCCGAGAGCCAGAGGAGGAUACUGUGUCUCUUUCAAAAUCAACAAGCUUCGCUGAUGUCAUGGACAUCCUGAAAGAUAUGAACCGCAUGAAGAUGAGCAAGGACAGAUAUAACCGUGGGUGCACCUCACUGAGGGAGGAAAAUUCUGCCUCUCUUAUAUCUGAAGCAUUGAGAAAGAAAUUCAUUCUGAAGGAUGAUGACAUCAGUGUGAGGAAAUAAUCAAUCAUCCAAACCCUCGCAGCAUACUCUCCAUGUAAGGCUAAACUGCAUGGAAAGCUUUUCUCUUUGGUUUAAAGUUGGAAAUUUGAGAUACAAAACCAAGAGAAUAAAACAUGGCUGUGAAUUUUUAUGUCCUUGAAUCUUAUCUUUUUUUCCUACUGGGUCAAUAGGCCCAUGCCUGUGGACCGUUGCCGUGAAACCCCAUAAAGCCUCUGAAUAAACUCAAUGGACAUAUUCUGCGCUCCCACAAUGCUGUGCUGUUGUGACACGUCUGGAAGGAAAAGAAGCAGUUGUUGUCAGCACACACACACACACACACACACACACACACACACACACACACACACACACUCUCCAACUUGCACUGAGCAGCCAACAAGUUUGUAAUGUGUGUGUGUGUGUGUGUGUGUGUGUGUGUGUGUGUGUGUGUGUGCGUGCGCACAUAAGGGUCCAUAAGCAUAGCUUUGAUCAGUGAUCACUGAGCCUUUGUUGUUCCAUCAUAGAUUUUGUGAAAUCCAAGCACUACUUCCUGUUUCACCAUCAUCGUUUUGUCAAUUUUAAUAGGACAGUAAUAUCUUCAGAUCCUUCAACAAACAUGCGAUUUCACACUAUAUUAUUCAAGCCAUGAAACCACAGAAGAGUCCUGGAGGAGCCCAGUUCCAGUUUAUCGUCUUGUAGAUGUAUAGUUUGGAGCUGUAGAAGUGUUUCUCUUGCCUUACACGUUCCCUCAUACAAACCCUGUAAUACUUGAAGCUGUUUUGAUGCGUGAUCUGAUGUUUCAAUACUGACAUGCGUUUGCCUCUAUUUAGACUAAACAAAAAGACGUUCUUCUAUUUAAAGUGUGUUUGUGCAUGUGCACUGAAGACUUUGGAUUGCAUUCACUUGUAAUUAGCGCUCUGUGAUGUUCCCUUCUACCCUACAGACUUUUGAAGUGUAUAUUGUGCCAGGAGACUGAUGUGGUUCAGCAAAUAGUGCAACAUAAGUUUGAAUUCAUAAUGUGUGUGGUUUAUGUUCAGGAAGUACAUUGUGUCAGGCAGGUUGUAAAUGUUUCUGUAAAAUCUGAAUAGCAUGUGUGACUGUAAGCCAGUUUUGAGGAUGCCUCAUGUUUUAUAUGAUGAUGAAGGAUGCUUUUUUUCCCGCUUUGCAAAGUGUAACAAGAAGCUAUUUUAAUGCAUACACUGCUUUUGUGCCACGGUCGCUCACUAAAGUGGGAAUCAAACCCAAAA